AUGUCCAGUCGUAGAAAGUCCUCCACCCCCUGCAUGGUCCGGGUCGUCUCUGACCUUCCUGACGAGCGAGAGGAAGCGGAGGAGCUGAUGGAAACAUCGACGGACGAGUCCGAGUCGCCUGGAUGUGCAGAGAUGAGUCCAGUCGCCGAGCAGGAGAAACCAGAGGAUCCAGACCAGCAGACAUUUACCAAUCCAGAGGAAAAUCAAACUGCUGAGUCAGCAGAACGAGAGUCGGGUGAAGAAGACCGACCCGCUGUCAUUGAAGAUGUAGAAGCCAGAGAAGAGACGAACGGGGAAGAGGCUGGAUCCGACCCAACCUCCCAGAAGAAGCUGCCCAGAGGCUACGAGUGCAAGUACUGCCCGUUCUCCACCCAGAACCUGAACGGCUUUAAGGAGCACGUGGACUCGAGCCACCCGAACGUCAUUCUCAAUCCGUUGUACCUCUGUGCCGUCUGCAACUUCAACACCAAGAAGUUCGACUCACUCACGGAGCACAACGACAGCCGGCACCCGGGAGAAACCAAGUUCAAGUUCAAGAGGAUACAAGAGAACAACCGGACGAUCUUAGAGCAGACGAUCGAAGGCCAGGAGAACCCAGUCGAGUGCCGAGCGACAAAGGAACAAGGGGAGAGCAGCUCGGUGGUUCCACCUUGCAUCUCCACCACGCUGAAAACCCCCGACAGCAUCCAGCCGCUCUGUCGAGGAGGAGGCGAGCCGAAGAGCCAUCUGGAUCAGAUCACAGCCGUCAACAUCAACGGAACCGUCAUCAUCCCGGAACCCAGCGGCCUCCAGGGCCUGUCCCACGUCAGCCCCAUGCUCCAGCGCCCCCCCAACUUCAGCUCGGUACCAAAAAUAGCUGUUCCCCUGAACACUACCAAAUAUAACCCUUCUCUAGAUGACAACCUGACGUUGAUCACCUCCUUCAGCAAAUUCCCUUACCCCACCCACGCUGAGCUGUCCUGGCUCACAGCAGCUUCCAAGCACCCGGAGGACCAGAUCAAAGUGUGGUUCACCACCCAGCGCCUGAAGCAAGGCAUCACCUGGUCCCCGGAGGAGGUGGAGGAGGCGAGAAAGAAGAUGUUCAAUGGUUCCAUCCCUCCUUCCCACCCCAUGUUCACCCUCCUCCCUACGAGGUCCCAGCCGUCUGCCACCGCCUCCCAGCAGCCCGUCGUCCACACCACGGUGGAGCCUUCAGGUCACGUCUGGACGACCACGUGCAACGGGUCGAGUGUCGUCACCACCACCACCUCUCCAGCAGGGGUCGCUCUCUGCUCCACCCUGAAACGAACCCUACCAGCGCACCUGAUGGCGCUGUGUGGCCCGGAGGCCAAGCGACCCAUCAUGGCAGUCGCCCCCCAUUCGGGUGACCCUAGAGACAAGGGCCUCAUGGCUCCGCCUCCCCCUCCUCCCCCCCAGAAAGACCACUUCCCAAUGGCCCCGCCUCCUGUUCCCAUGGAGAUGAAGAGGCCCUCCCCUGCUGUGCCUUUAAUGCCUCCACCCUCAUCAUCUCCAUCACUGUCGUCCAAAGGGAAGAUUCUCUCGACAUUAGGAAGCCCCAAGUCCAAGCCCGUGAUGUCAUGCUCCUCCAUCGUCUUCCCAGAUUUCUUAACGAGGCGGACGAUCGCCCCCCCGCCUAUCUUUGCCCCUCCCUUUAAAAAAUCCUUAUUUCUUCCUCGUGCCCCGCCCAUCGCUUCCAGAGAAAAGCACCCGAACACCCGGCCUUCUGACCUGAAGCUGCCCAACUCCCCUCCACUCAUUAGCCCCCAGAUAAGGAGGCCGACCAUUAUUCAGUCCAUCCGCGCUCCGGCUAAAGCCCCCCCCCAGAUUCAUGGGUUCAGCCUGGACGGUAAGAGACUGAAGGAGCAGGAAGGGGUGGAGCUGAAGGCGAGCUACCCCCGAGGAGACAAGGUGCUGACGCCUCUGACCGAGGCCAACGGAGCCUCUCGCACUGACGGGAAAUGGCUUCACCAUCAGAGUUCGGCUCUGUACAACCACGGAGGGAUUCACAUGAAACCGGACUUUCAGCACAAGUCCUCGGUGCUGACCCAGUUCCCUCUGCUGGAGAGGAUGAAAGGAAAAACGGCCGAGCAGCUGAAGAUCCUGGAGGAGAACUUCUUGAGGAACAGUUUCCCGACUCACAGCGACGUGGACAGUCUGUCCGCCAACUCCCGCCUGUCCCACCGGGAGAUCGACAGCUGGUUCGUGGAGCGGCGUGCGCUGCGCGACAACCUGGAGCAGGCGCUCAUCAACUCCAUGGGCACCAAGAGGACCGGGGGGGGGGGCGUCGCCGGCCUCACCGACAAGCAGCUUCAUCAGCAGCAGCACCAGACGCUCAAGCUGAACGGGAUUCAUAAACCGAGCAUCGGGGCCGGACAUCUCAAAAGCCCUCCGCUACCGUCGCCCAUCCUCCCCCCCGGUACCACCGCCCCCCCCGGUACCACCGCCCCCCCCAGCCCGAACCCGAGCCCCGGCUCAGUGCCUCCGGACAGCCGGACCCGGGCGCUCCUCAAGGACGACUUUGCUCAAACACGGUGGCCUUCCCCUGAGGAGCUGAACCAGCUGGAGGGUCGGACGGGUCUGGCCCGGGCCGACCUCGCCCGCUGGUUCCACGACAGCCGGCUGCAGAGCGGCGUGGACCUGACCGAACUCUUCAACAACAACGCAGUGCAUGGAGGACAGGGGGCGCCGGUGAGUUCCCCUGACAACGCUCCGUCCAGCAUCAUCCAGCUCUGUCAGGAAGGAGCCAUAACAACCAGCAGCAGCAAGGUGCUGGAGCUGGAGCUGGGCUGGUUGAUGGAACAGCGAGGGAACAGCCUCAACAGCCUCAACAGCCUCAACAGCCUCAACAGCCUCAACAGCCUCAACAGCCAACAGCACGAGGACGUCCACCAGCGCUUUGCUGGAAGACUGAGGCCGCAGGACGUGGUGGAGCUGAAGCACGGGGGGCAGAACGGAGGAGGAGGAGCGCGGGAGGUGUUCAGGAGCUGGCUGGAGGACGGGCGAUCGAGGAGAGGACGGGAGCUGCUGCUGGAGAGAGAGAGGAAGAUGGCGGAGGACGCGUCCGGGCGGCUGACCGGGUGA